GCUGGCAGAUCUGCGGAGACGUCGGCCUGCCCCGAGUGCUGCGGGAGGAGGCUGAGGCUCCAUCCCUUCGCAGGGGCCGUAUGCCUUUAAAAGGCCAGAGCCAUCGCGCGGUGCACUGUGGGAGAGGCUGAGCCCUAGCUGGGUAAACACGGCCCGGCAGUACGUGUGUAUGUGUUCGCAAGGGAAAAGACAAUGGCAUCUGGGACUGUAAUAGCCUCUACUCCUCCGGGAGGUUCAAAUGAUGUGGGCUUGGAAGAGCCAAAGAAGAUGACAAGAGAGGACUGGAGGAAGAAGAAGGAGCUAGAAGAACAGAGAAAGCUGGGUAAUGCACCAGCCGAAGUAGAUGAGGAAGGAAAAGAUAUCAAUCCUCAUAUUCCUCAGUACAUCUCCUCAGUGCCAUGGUACAUAGAUCCUUCAAAAAGACCUACGCUAAAGCACCAGAGACCUCAGCCAGAGAAGCAGAAGCAGUUUAGCACAUCUGGAGACUGGUAUAAGCGAGGGGUUCAGGAGAAUGCUUUAGCAACAAGAUAUCGCAAAGGGGCCUGUGAGAACUGUGGUGCAAUGACACACAACAAGAAAGACUGCCUAGAGAGACCCAGGAAAGUUGGAGCAAAAUACACAAGCAUGAACAUUGCUCCAGAUGAACAUGUACAGCCUCAGCUGAUGUUUGAUUAUGAUGGGAAGAGAGAUCGUUGGAAUGGUUAUAACCCAGAAGAGCAUAUGAAGAUUGUAGAAGAAUAUUCUAAAGUUGACUUGGCCAAACGGACGCUGAAAGCCCAGAAGCUGCAGGAAGAGUUGGCAUCAGGGAAACUAGAACAGGUGAAUUCCCCAAGACACCAGUGGGGAGAAGAGGAACCAAAUUCACAGACAGAACGAGAUCAUAACAGUGAAGAUGAGGAUGAAGAUAAAUACGCAGAUGAUAUUGACAUGCCCGGACAGAACUUUGACUCCAAAAGACGUAUUACAGUCCGAAACUUACGUAUCCGGGAAGAUAUUGCAAAAUACUUGAGGAAUCUGGAUCCAAACUCUGCCUACUACGAUCCUAAAACGAGAGCGAUGAGAGAGAACCCAUAUGCUAACACCGGCAAAAAUCCAGAUGAGGUUGGUUAUGCAGGUGACAACUUUGUUCGUUACACUGGAGAUACCAUUUCAAUGGCACAGACUCAGUUGUUUGCUUGGGAGGCUUAUGACAAAGGCUCUGAAGUUCAUCUUCAAGCAGAUCCUACAAAGCUAGAACUUCUAUACAAAUCCUUCAAAGUGAAAAAAGAAGAUUUCAAGGCACAGCAAAAAGAAGGCAUUCUAGAGAAGUACGGAGGACAAGAACAUCUCGAUGCCCCACCAGCUGAAUUGCUGUUAGCUCAGACAGAAGACUAUGUAGAGUAUUCUAGACAUGGAACAGUCAUCAAAGGACAAGAGAAAGCUAUUGCUCGCUCUAAAUAUGAAGAGGAUGUAACGAUCAACAACCAUACGUGUAUUUGGGGUUCAUACUGGAAGGAAGGCAAGUGGGGCUAUAAAUGCUGCCAUUCAUUUGUCAAGUAUUCCUAUUGCACAGGAGAAGCUGGGAAAGAAAUUGCUAAUGCUGAGGCAGAGUUGCCAGAGGAAGAAUGCAUGGAGGAAGAAUACAUGGCAAAACCCAAAACACUGGUGGAGAUGCAUCAAGAAAAACAGAAAGAAGAGAAGAAGAAGAAAAAGAAGAAGCAUAAGAAGAGCUCAAAUUCAGAUAGUGAUGGUGAAGAGAGAAAGAAACAAGAAAAACUGAAAAGGGCAUUAAAUGCAGAAGAGGCUCGUCUCCUCCAUGUUAAAGAACUCAUGCAGCUAGAUGAGAGGAAGAGGCCGUAUAACAGCAUGUACGAAACCCGUGAACCAACAGAGGAAGAAAUGGAGGCUUAUAGGAUGAAACGACAGAGACCAGAUGAUCCUAUGGCUUCCUUUCUUGGACAGUAAUCAUGUGAAAAGUAUUCCAACAUGCAGGACUGGCUGUCGAUACAUGAUACUUGGGGAGCAAGUAUCUAGAAUUUUGGUUAUUUCCACAUUUCUGUGAAAUGUUGCAGAAAUGGCACUUUUUAACAAGGGAGAAGUCAGUGAAUGGUAUUUAAAGCAAGUGCUUUCAAGCUUAUUAAUGCUAUGUGGGGUGCUUUUCUUUCUCUAAGUAUAUUUAGUAUAGAGUCGAUGCUACUGAAGUAUAAGUAGUGGACAACUGCUUUAAGUCCCUUAUACCAGUACAGUAUGAAGGAAGAGAAUGUCUGGUCAGGAAAAUUAACUGUAUCUAAUUGAGCUGGCCAGCAGGUGUCACUGUUUCAACACACAAAUUUCUGAAUAUAUAGCAAGUGGUGCCUAGACUAUCAUCACUGAUAGGUCUUUUCCUGCAAAUGGCACAAAGUGGAAAAUAGAAUCAUUCUUAGUCAUUUGUCAUACCUAUUUUGUGAAUGCAGAAUGUAAAAACUGAUCUGCUGUGAUGUACUGACUGGUUAAAUUGAAUGUAAAGUUUUAAUGCUGUCCAUUAAUGGUUGUACUGAAAAGGUUAAGAAAAGCUUAUUCUACCGACUCUGAAAUUUCUAUUUUAAUCAUCAGUAUACCCUUUUAUGCGUAUCCCUUCUUUGCCGGUCUACACUGAAAAUGCAAUGUAUUGUGAAAAUUUGACCAACUUUGCACUGCAUUCUAAUUUUAGUAGACAUGAAUGCCAUUCCAAGCAUUUAGAUUGUCCUGACAUCAAUACUUGUCAUUGUGGUGGUUUGACUUUGAGAAGAAAUAUUUGUAUAUUUCUUAAAUUAAUUCCAUCUCUUAAUCUGCAAUAUUAGAUGUCAGGUGUAAGGGCUAAUUUCUAGUUGUGAUCAUCUUGGAUUAAAUACAGGAUAUUUA